ACUAUCGACACAUAUCAUGUUAAACUCAAAAUAAUAUUCACGGGUUGACGACUGAUGACCCCUGUGUAUUACGUCACAACACAUUCAACUUCAAGUAUAAUAUUAUUUAAAAUGGUAAUCAAUGCGCGGCCCGCUGAUAAUGAGUUGAUAACAUUCAGUAGUGUUUGCGAAGGCGAGGCACGGCGCGCCGGCCCCCGACAUGAAUCUUAGUUUUUGUAACUAGACAAUUAAUUUGUUUUACUUAUAUAUUAAAUUAAAUAUUUUAAGAUAAGUAGCCAUUAUGUCGUUCCUUAUGAGAAAGUGUGUCGUGAAUUUGAAAAAUGUGAACAGAUACAGCGCAGUGUGUGUUUUGAUGCAAAGUGAGAGGCAUAGAUCACGGUGUUCAACGAGCAAUGUUUUGAAACGAAAUAGAAUAUUGUCAGAUGUCCAUCUGCAGCAUAAGAAAAUACAUACCAGUCAAGUAGUUAACAAAACUGUUGCUUUCAAACUCUCUGACAUCGGUGAAGGUAUAAGAGAAGUGGUUAUAAAAGAAUGGUUCGUGAAAGUAGGCGACAAAGUGCAGCAAUUCGACAAUAUCUGCGAAGUGCAGAGCGACAAGGCAGCAGUGACGAUCACCAGUCGGUAUGACGGCGUGGUGACUAAACUGUACCACGAUGUUGAUACCACCGCGCUAGUGGGACAACCACUUGUUGAUAUCGAAGUACAGGGGGAAGCUGAUGAAGGGCCUUCAUCAUCGUCACCUGAGGAGCAACCUAAAGUACCCAAACAAGAAUCGGUCGAAGAAAAAAGCCAAAGAAUAAAAGUAUUGACCACACCCGCAGUCAGGAGAAUAGCAGCACAAUUCAAUGUAGACUUAAGCACUGUCAAGGCUACUGGGAGAAAUGGCAGAGUUCUCAAGGAAGACAUGCUUGCACAUUUGAACAUCGACUCGGACGGGUCCAAUGAAGUACCAGUUCCAUCCAGUGUCCAGGCUAUGUCGAUACCCCUGACACAAGCCAAAGCUAAAGUGGAAGUUUUACUAGAAGAUAAAGUUGUACCUGUUACUGGAUUCACCAAAGCCAUGGUGAAAUCUAUGACUGAGGCCAUGAAAAUACCACAUUUUGGAUACAGCGACGAAUACGACGUGACGAAGUUAGUGGAAUCACGCGAAGCAUUGAAAAAAAUCGCCGAAGCGAGAGGAGCCAAGUUAACUUACAUGCCCAUCAUUAUCAAAGCUACGUCCCUGAGUUUGGAACAACUGCCUGUACUCAACAGCAGUCUGGAUAGCACUUGCGAACAUCUCACCUACAAAGCUAGUCACAACAUCGGAGUCGCGAUGGACACUCCUAACGGAUUAAUUGUGCCGGUUAUUAAGAAUGUACAAAACAAAACCAUAUUAGAAAUAGCCCGAGAGCUGAACACGCUUCAAGAGAGAGGAUCAAAAGGACAACUAGGACUAAAUGAAUUAUCUGGAGGAACAUUCACACUAUCAAACAUUGGCAUCGUUGGCGGAACCUACACCAAACCUGUGAUAUUACCACCGCAAGUAGCAAUCGGAGCUUUAGGAAAAAUACAGGUUCUCCCAAGGUUCGACGCUGAAGGAAACGUGAAAAAGGCUCAUAUCCUCACCGUCAGCUUUUCAGCAGAUCAUAGAGUAGUAGAUGGAGUAACUAUGGCUCGCUUCUCUAAUUUCUUGAAAAACUACCUCGAAAACCCUUACACUCUGCUGUUGGACUUAUAAAAUAAUCAAUGGAGUUACCAUUUUUCGUUAGACUUAUGUUAGACUUCCACUGGCAAUAUUUUUAAAUACUAGCAAAAAACACUUCAAUUCAAUAAGGCUUCAUUUAAAAAUAUUGCCGUAUUUUUAAUAUAUAUUUUUUAUAUAUAAAUAAAAGAGUGUAUUGUGA